GUCCAGGCGGUGAACCUGGCCUGAGGGGUUAGACGGGGAAGCAGCCGCUGUUUAAUGAACACCGUGGUUUUGGUUAAAAUGAAGAAAGCACUUCAGAAGUGGCUGUGUGUUUUCUUUCUCCCAGAAAGACUUUCUCUGCUUCUUCCUCUUAAAAAUUUGAGAGGAUCAACAGAUUUUUGGUUCAUGUGUGGAUUUUUCGUUGUGGUAUGUUGCCAGUUACCAAUGUUGAUGAAGGCAUGCAGAUAGAUAUUAGCCACUAUAUUAGUAUUUAUUACCAAUAAAAUAACCCCAGAUGUGACCUAAUUCCUCAAUUGCAUUGUAUAUGUAUCAUUUUACGUAACCUGAACUGUACUGAUUAGAUGUCAGCUACAAUGCAUUAUGGGCAAAUACUGCAGUAUUUGUAUGCAUAGUCCGUUUUUUAGUGAUUAUCUUUGUAUUUUUGAUUAUAGAUGAUUUUCUGAACAAAACUUUUGUCUAGAGAAAUUGAUUGCAGCCAUGUUUUUCUAGAUCCAUAUGCUCAACUUCUUCUUGAGGCAAUGAAGCAGUCUGGUUGCACUGUCUUCAAUGACCGGCACUUUUCUUGUGAAAACUGUGAUGGCUGUGUCAGUGGAGGUUUUGAUUCUACCACAUCUCAGAUUGUUCUGUGUCAGAACAAUAUUCGCCACCAAUCCCAUAUGAAUCGUGUGGUUACACAUGAAUUGAUUCAUGCUUUUGAUCACUGCCGUGCACAUGUUGACUGGUUCAAAAAUGUCAAACACUUAGCAUGUUCAGAGAUUCGAGCUGCUAAUCUCAGUGGAGACUGUACACUGAUGAAUGAAAUAGCCAGGUUUAAAUUUGGAUUAAAGCGACACCAUCAGGGAUGAAGCUCACUGGCAUGACCUUGAACAGUUUCUCUUCAGCUGUGGUACAUCACAGCUGGGAAAUAAGCCUCUCUCAGUGUAGGUCUGAAGCUUGUCAGCAAUGGGAAACCUUUUCUAGCUGGUAUCAUUCAUGCUCUCAACUGCUGCUCAUGUUCUGGUUGUCUCUGGUGGUGAAGGACUGGAUAUGGUGAUCAGUGUGGUCUUUCCCUGGUCUGUGUCCCUAUAUGUUUUGUGAUGUCUGAUUUGUCAGGGUAUGAAGCUUUCUCAGGGGAUACUACAUGCUAGGUUUGGCAGGUGUGGAGCAACAGACUCACGGGUGGGACUUGAGCAGGAGUGAGGUACUGAGUUGCUCGGUCAAGGGGAGGUCUGGACCUGAACAGAACAUUUCAAGUGCCAUACAAACUCUCAGGCUGGAACGGGAAGGUCUUCCUUAGCUCCUCCAAGGUACCUCCAGAGUUAGGCAGUGUCUGAACGGGCUUUUGUUAAAACUGUGGUUUUGGGCUCCUGCAAUCUACCUACAGCCUAUUUUAGAUGCCUACAUUCUUUGAUUUUGAUCCUAAUUCUGAAAUUCCCUACUGAGAACUAUUCUGUUGUGUAAUUAGUCUCAGUUCCAAGGGGUGUGCUUCUACAGGCAUCUCUAAAGAACAAGUUGCAUUAACAGGACGAUAGAAAAGGCAGUAAUUUCCUCUGUCACCCAAGCAGAUCCAGUGGUGUGCUGCCAUUUCCCGAACAGAAAAAAACAUUUUGAGAAGAUUCAGAUGUAAGCACUGUCCUCACAGAGGACCAAAGGAAACCUCCAAACAGUCUCUGAGAGAUUUUAUCAAGUGAUCUGAAUUGUUCUGUUCAUGCUGGGUUAUGUGAGGAAUGCCCUUCUAUUCCCUUAGGCAGCAUAAUAUAUCCUUAGAUACUAUUGCUUCUGGGGUUGCUCGUUAAUGCAGAUCCCUCAGAUAUGCAUCCUAGUUGUCUUGGGGAAAAUACCAUCUUGUCCAAGAUUCACCAAACCUAUGUUUUCAGUAGUUUUGCAGAAUUUCACAGGGAGAUUUCAUGAUCUUAUUUUAUCAGGAUAAUUCCAUCAGUGACUGACAUAAUCACAUGCCUGAAUAUCCAGCAGGAAAAAAUGGAUAUAAUACUCUACAUACCUAUGGAGAAAAUUACACAUUGAAUUCUAAGCUUCCCAUCUUUGAUGUAAUCUAGCUAGACCUCCUGCAUUUUCUAAAAUCCCCUGUGGAUCAGAGGUGUCUUGGAACAGCAUAAUCUUGUGUGUUAGUAUUCCCUUAACCUUUACUUUUUUUCAAAUACCCAUUUUAGUCAGUAUGAUGCUGAAUUUUUCAUAAUACUUCUAACGUAUAUUCAGGCAAAUAAUUUCUUCCUUUCAUUAUACCUUAUUAAGGAUAGUUCUGAUUGAAUGAAUGUGUGUGUUUUGUAUUUAUGUUGCUUUUUGACUCAUAGAUUGGUUUGACUAUUUACAGUUGUCUGCUAUCUGGGAUUAGCCUUAUCAAGUCUAUUUAAAAAUGGGAAAGCAACAAAGACUAGAAUACAAACAUAAAAGCUGCUUUUUAUUUUGUUUACCGUUUUUGAUAGAUGAACACCAUCAAAAUCUAGGGAAGACAUUGGUAAUAAAAAGUACAUAGAUCUAUAGGAUGACAUAAUUAUUUAAAAAAGUGAUCAGAAUAUUAUAAAAGUGCAUUACCAGGAAAUGUCAUCUGAAGCAACAGACACAUCCCAGUUACACCAGAUCAGACUUUAAUGGCAGAAUAUAUGCACCACAAGUUACUGGAAAGCAAUCAGAACUGUCUAAUGGGCUUCUUGCCGUUCCCUGAAAAGAUGAGGGACAGUAAUUAUAUGAAAGUUUGCACACACUGUUUGUCAAUUCAAGCAAUCAUUUCAUUGCUUUAGGUGCAAUUUUAGUCUGCAUCAUUUUUUCUCAUCAAAAGAGAUGUGAAAAAAAAGAGUAAAAGCUCAUAGCAAAUUUGAAAAAUAAGGCAAUCUACUAGACAGUAGAGGGAGCUGAAGGACCAUUGAACAGCAUGCUGCGAUGAAAAGCCACCUGCA